GACCUGCGACCCAAUGUUCUCGUUCUGGGUCCGACCCUGCCCAGCAACGUUAGCCUCCAUGGCCAGCGACACUCCAUCGCCAAACAAUUUCUUAGUUGAGAUGUAGGAUCACGUUUCGGAAACGCAUGUGCAAAAAGAGCCAACGCUGAAUGCGGAGGAAUCAGAAAUUCCGGAUGCGGAGGAAUGUCAUGGCGCAAUUGCAAAUUUGCAAUCUGUCACAACGGAUUCGCGUUCGCUGGAGCCGGUCGCAUCGCGAAGGCCGGACCCGGCGGAGUCGCCAUUGCCGCGCCCAACGGAAUCCGAGAACGCCGGACGUGGCGCAAUCCCAAUCGCCCCACCCACCCGGCGGGUCGCGAUCGCCGGACCCGACGAAAUCGUGAACGCUGUAGAGAAGGGUUUCUGUUUUUUCUGUUUUUUGAUCAAAUUUUUUCUUCAAAGAUCAAACUUUUUCUGUUUUUUUGUUUGUGCAUGAGCCUGCUGUAGAGAACGGCAAGCCAGAUUUUUCCGGUGGAGUGCUCAGGACACUGGUACUCAUAACAGUAAAAGUUGUAUAACCCAACUUCUCACUCCCAUUGAUCCCAUUCGUCCGGAUACACUACUCCUGACCGUAUAAGUUGUUACCGGCACUGAACCCAACUUCUCACUCCCAUUGAUCCAAUUCAUCCGGACACUCGUACUCCUGACCGUUUCAGUUGUUACCGGUACUGAUAACCCAACUUCUCACGCCCACAAAUCCAAUUCGUCAGGAUACUCUUUCUUCAGACCAUAUAAGUUGUUACUGGUACUGAUAACCCAACUUUUUUUUUUGUUCUGAAAAAUUGUCAUUCUUGAUCAAAAUGAAGAUAUUUUCACAAACAUUUCCCAAAUACAGUAACAAACAAGUUUAAAAUGAUAAAUUUAGUUAAACUAUCAAAAUGCUUAUAAAUUAUUAGGUAACCAUUUAUGACAUAUAACAGCUGUACCUUUCCAAUAGUAAAAAUAAGUUCUUUGGUGGUAUGUGGAAUAUAGAAGUUAAGGUAAAAACUAGGACGUAGAAGAAGAUUUAUGGCCUAUAAAUUCAUUAAAUCUGUUAUUUCUCUUAUUAUUUCACAUGGUAUUAGAGAUAUAAGUCCACAACUUUCCUUGGUGAACAUAACUACUAUUCUGACAGGCAUAGUUUUGUGGUAGUGAUUCAUCAAAUAUGAACACACAACUAGAGCCCCGUCCUCAUUGAAAACAGUCAUGUCUCUUUUUAUGGGAUAAAUAGAGUGUUAAAUAGAGCAAUAAAACAAAACAAUAUCCUUGAUAUUUUUUAUUAUAUAGUGUUGGUGCAGUUGAGUAUGUUUAUAUUUGGUAGAAAAAGUGUUGUUCCUAACUUGCACUUGCCAAGAUCGUACCCUCUUUUUCAUUUUCACGGUUAAUCCUAAAAGAUGUUCAUCGAGGAGGUCCUGGAGUUGGUUGAACUUACCACUUUGAGGGAAGCACUAGUUGGGUUACCAGAGGUGAAUGGUCUCUCAACUGGACAACGGACGAGGCUCACUAUUGCAGUUGAAUUGGUGGCUAAUCCUUCUAUCUUGUUCAUGGAUGAGCCAACCACAUGCCUUGAUGCAAGUGCAGCAGCAAUAAUUAUGAGGACAAUUCGGAACAUUGUUAACACUGGUAGAACCAUUGCUUGCACAAUCCACCAGCCAAGCAUUGACAUAUUUGAAGCUUUUGAUGAGUUGCUUCUAAUGACACAAGGAGGGCGGGAGGUUUAUUUUGGCCCAUUAGGGGAACGUUCUUGCCAUUAGCCAUUUAAUAAAUUAUUUUGAGGUAAGUCUCCCUGCACUUUUGUUGUCUUUUUAUUAAACAAGAUGGGCUUCACAGAACGAGUCUGGUUUGAGGUAUUUAUAUGGUUGUCAUGAUAUUCAUUUUGAGUACUUCCUUUCUUCUUUCAUCUCGAGUAUUGAAGGAAUCAGCAGAAUAAGAAAGGAUCUACAGAAAUUCAGACCUAUACCUGUAAGUUGGCAUCAUUGGCGGAGCCAAGGCUCCUCUAAAUGGGAAUUUGGCGUGGGAUAGAAAAAUAAUGAGUAAUUUCUAUAAAUAGUUCUUUAUAAAAUAGAGUUUCCCAUAUAUAGUGUUCAAUUCUAAGAUAUUAUGUUUGUGCUGUGGUCCUCUAUAUUUGAGAACUAUUCCUUAAUCAGUCCUUUGUGGACUAUAUGUGGAAAACAAAUUUGGGUCCAAAAGACUCAUCAUGGAAUAGUUCUCAAAUAUAGAGGACCACAAACAUAAUAAAUUCGACUUGAGGACUAUUUAUGGAAACACUUUGUUAUAAAAGACUACCUAUAGAAUAUACUCAUUAUGUACAAAAAUGACAAGUUUGGGAAGUGUUAUUUUCUUUAAAAAAUGUUGCACCACAUGUGUUAUACCCCGUAUUGUUGUUAAGUGAUUUUUUAUUAUUUUGUACUCCUUCCGUCCAUAAAUUAACUUCCUGUUU